AUGCAGCUCCCGUACCUUAUCCCCACUCUUGUGGCUUUGUUGGUCGCCGCUCAAGGUGCUCUAGCCGCUCCCGUACGUGAGGUCGCCCUUAGCUCGUACCCUCCCGCUGCAGCUAGACCUACUUCUCCCGCUGCGCUGCUCAAGCGAGCAGACGAGAUCACCGAAGAGCUGCUCCCCAGCACCUCCUCACCACCCAAAGUCUCCAUUCCUGGCCGAAACUGGGGCUUCCACAAUCCUCUCGGCACUCCUUCCUCCCCCAAGGGCGAUGCGGCAACAAGGCGAUGGCGCAAGCAGAGGUCGCAGCGUUGGCAGCUGCACCAUCUCAAGGACGCGUCUUCGACAGAGACGACACUCUUCCCCGAGCAUGACUUCGGUAGCAAGACGGGGCAAGACUGGCCUGACAUACACAACGACUUUGCUCUACGAGGCGUAGAAGCAGCAACGAAGGACAACUGUAGUCGAUGGGCACACCAGCGAGGCAAGGGAAGAGCUGUGACUGCGUUGGAAGUGGUUUGGGCGAACGAAGGCGAAGGGGACAUUGAGGAGGAGCUGGCUGAGUACAGGUCAGAGCAGAUCAACGUGAUUCUGUUGAAGCUGGAGUGGAGGGGCGUCGGUGGGGAAGCUGCGGUUGACAACCUGCCUAGGCUUCCGGCGGAGUUCGAGGACUGGCGGGGUAAGGCCAGAGUCUCGGUUGUGCUGCAGGAUUGGGAGAGGCAAGGAUGGGAGCAAUACGAUCUCUCGGCUCCGGUGAGGAAUCUUCCUGACGGUGUCCGAGAAGUCAAUAGGCGUCAACGUGUCCUGCCUCUGCCUACGCGCUGGUUUGUGGACCCUCUUCCUGGAGCGCCGGAGAGGUUUCCCGUGUUCCUCGAGGACUUUGCGCAAGUGCUCAAAGAUCGAUUGCUCCCAGCCUGUGUCGAGAGCCAUGCCCCAGAAAGGUAG